UGCUUUAUGAGUCUUCAACACUGUGAGGAGAUACAGAGUAGUACGAGCAAACUGUGGGGGUUUAAUUAGUUUGUAUAGGAGAAGAUCAGAUGGCAGGUGGGAGGGCAUGGGGCUCUGUCUCUGCAUUCCUCAAAGGGUCGAUGCCCCACGUAGGGAUGACUGCGCUGCAGAUAGGCUACGCUGGGAUGAACAUCAUCUCCGUCGUCUCCUUCAAGCAAGGCCUGAGUAACUACACGCUUGUGGUGUACCGGCACGCCGUGGCGGCGCUUGUCAUGGCCCCAUUCGCUAUCGUCUUAGAAAGGAAAGGGAGGCCGAAGAUUACGUUUUCUAUAUUUUUGCAGAUGUUUGUGCUCGGGCUCUUGGGACCUGUGAUAGACCAGAAUUUGUAUUAUUUGGGAAUGAAGUACACGACGACCACAUUCACGUCCGCCAUGUGCAACGUCACUCCGGCCAUGGCCUUUGUUAUGGCCUUGUUAUGCAGGAUGGAGAUCGUGAAUAUAAAGAAGGUAAGGAGCCAAGCUAAGGUGGUGGGGACACUAGUGACAGUGGCUGGAGCAAUGGUGAUGACUCUGUACAAAGGACCCAUUUUGGACAUGGUGUGGUCGUCCAGUCACCACGCAUCUGGAUCAUCGUCUAGCACUGAGUAUGUGGGCACAGAAUUUGUGAAGGGCUCCAUCAUGAUCAUCAUUUCUUGCCUCGCCUGGGCUGCCCUCUUCGUGUUGCAGGCCUACACUCUAACGAGGUAUCCGGCUCAGCUCACCCUCACCACAAUGAUAUGCUUCAUCGGCACGCUGCAGGGCGCUGUUGUAGCGCUGGUGAUGGAGCGCCACUCUCCUUCUUCUGUCUGGGCCUUGGGUUGGGACAACAAGCUCCUCACUGUUGUCUACUCGGGAGUGGUGUGCUCGGGGGUAUCGUACUACGUGCAAGGGCUGGUGAUGGAACAGAGGGGUCCUGUUUUUGCUACAGCUUUUAGCCCUCUCAGCAUGGUAUUCCAAGUCAUCAUGUCCUCUCCUAUAAUUCACGAACCAAUCUACAUGGGCGAGAUAAUUGGUGGAGUUGUAAUUAUUGUUGGACUGUAUUUUGUCUUGUGGGGUAAAAGCAUGGACCACAUCCUUAUGUUACCGGCAGACCCCGAAGCAGCAGCAGGAGUUGGAGAAAAGGCUGAUAAGCUUACAAAUGGAGAUGGUUUCUCAAUCGAGGUGGCGUCCAUGGAAGCUCUGCCAGAGUGCUCUUGCAGACCCGAAAUUGCUUCUUCACGUACUUGACCAUCACUUCAUUUGCACACGCAUGUGCAUGCGAUCUUACUACUGUAACUCUUGACUGGUCAAUGUCUACCAAAAACAACCCCUUUUGUCUCUCUCUAGAACCACUCCUGAUAUUUUGACAUGUCUACCUAUCUCUAGUAAAUAAGAUAUAUCUUUUACGUAA